UCUCUCUCUCUCUCUCUCUCUCUCUCUCUCUCUCUCUCUCUCUCACACACUUCAUCUUUCUCUCUCUAUCUCUUUCUCUCUCACACACACAUUUGUGUACACACUCACUUCCUGUGUCUCAGAUAGUUUCUUAUGGCCAAGUGACAUCACAGCCUGAAUUCUCACGACCUCUAAAAGGGUUAAACAGGGCUGGACUACACACUGCUUAGUUUGAGUGUGUCUGUGUGUUUGUGUUUAUGUGUGUGUGUGGGUAUGCAUUUCUGGCGUGUUGCGUAGAUAAGAAACCAGCUGUGCUGAGGCAAGAAAGAAGGGAGAGAAAGAGAGCGAGCGAGAGAGAGAGAGAGAGAGAGAGAGAGAGAGAGAGAGAGAGAGAGAGAGAGAGAGAGAGAGAGUGUUUAUUGUUAAGAGCUGAACUGGAGUGAAGAAGAUCUGAACCAGAUGAGAGCACUGAACUGAAAUCAGAGGCGCCCAUCAUGAGCAGUGAUCUGACGGAGAAGGAGCUGGAAGGUGAGGAGAAGGAGGUGAAGGAGGAGAAGGCAGGAGAUGAGGUGCUGAGUGAGGAGCAGGAGCUGGAGGAGCUCAGGGCUCAGGUUCUGCAGCUGCUGCUGGAGCUGGAGGAGGCAAGAGAUGCUUCGCAGAAACAUCAGGAGAGUUUCCUCGAACUGCAGGGUCUUUUGGAGGACGAGCGUCUGGCCAGUGCCCACCAGGCUGAAGCGUUUACGCACCAAAUUCAGCAACUGCAAGCUCAGUUACGGAGUGUUCAGGAUGAGCUGGAUCAGAUACAGGAGCUGAAGGACAGUGAACUGGCUGAGGCUCAGACGGAGCUGAGUUUGGUGAGGGAGGAGGUGCAGGCGCUAAGGGAGGCGGCUGAGGAGUGCGCGGCCGAGCGAGAGAACGACAUCGCCAGCCUGCAGGAGGAGCUGUGCCGGGUCCGAGUGGAACUGGGCCGAGUGGAGGCCAAUGCCCAAGACUACGAGCAGGAGGCGGUCACUCUAAGGGCCGAAAUCGCCAUGAAGAGCCAACGGAGGGAGAAAGAGAGAAAAGAAGGUGACGUUGUCUUGCUGAGGGAGGAAUGUACUGGUUUGAAAGAGGAGUGCGAGACACUGAAGGAGGCCAACAGCCGACUAAUGGAGAAGCUACAGCUGCUGCAGAGGACACGAAAUAGCUCGGGUAGUGCGUGUCCCUCACUGAAGGAGGAGCAGGAGGAAACUGAAGGGAGCAGCGUGAUGCCGGACUCAAACUGCAGGCUGGUGGAUGCUUGCAUCCAGAAGAAUAUUUCCUUCGAGGGAAAGCCUCUCACUCCCACCAGCUGGAGUGCAGGGUUCUCUGAGAUCCUCUCACUGAGGGAGCAGCUGAAGCAAGCAGAGGAGAGGGCGGAACAGGUACAGAGACAGUGCGAUGGGGUGCGGAUUGAGCUAAGGGAGUUACAGGACCUGUUUGAAACUAGUCAGAAGGAGCGUGCAGAGCUGGAGCUUGAGUUACUUCGCUGCAGGGAGGAGCUGGACAAGCUCUCUGAGGAGAAUGGGACACAGUUCUCCACUGAGCCCCCUGUUCUCUCGCUGCCUUUCAUAGGACUGAUAGUGAUUGUGGCAGUGCUGUGGUGCUGCUGGUCUGAGCUGGCAUCCUGAAGAACGAAAGGUGUGAUCACUAUAUGAUUCUCUGGGUUUUAUCAGAGAAUCAGGCGGAAGAGGCAGAGUGGUCGGUUUCGUCAUGUGUGUUUAUUUUUUGGAGCGUAAUCUGUUGAUCAGUAGUCAGCCUAACGGUCAGCGAAGAUCCAUUUAUCUACCUGGCUUCAGUCCUACCUAGGGUUUCUGUGUCUCUGGAAAGGACAGGAUACCCUGACCGGCCAGCAGAGCAGGAUAUAGAGCGGCAGCUUUAGCAGAGAAGCUAACGGAGACACUGACCUGAACUCUUUGUGAGGGUUUUUACUCUUUUUGUAAAUAUGCUCUGAUCUUGUUUUAUCUUUGACUAUUAUUGCCUGUAACUCACUCCAUUAUUUGUAAAGAUCUAUUAAUUUAUUCAAAUAUUUAACAUAAAUAUUGUUGUGUUGUAUAAUUUUUUUCUUUCUGUGCGGUUCUACCUUUUUAUUAUUUAUUAUAGAGAGAAAAAUGGGUAAGGAAGGUAUCGAAUGCAAUAACAAUACAAAUCAGCAGCUGAAUUUUUCUUUCAAUUUAUUAGCGCAUAGUGAAGUGAAAGACAUGGAUAAAGAGUGCACACACACAUACACACACACACACACACAUACACAAUUAUAUACACACACACACACACACACAUAAUUUAGUUAAUAUAUACAAAUGCUUACAUGCUUAUAUUCUCAUCUAUAUUUUAUUGCUCAGAUAAAACUCUGUGAUCUCAUGAGAUUUGUGAUCUCACUUUUGUUUCAUUUAGAGAUCAGCUUGGUCACUGAUGUUUCUCCUAAAAUGACUCAUCGCUUAAAGUCUCGUUGUCCUUUAGGAGAAACUUGAUAAUGAAGACAUCUUUUUCUUUAUGUUUCUUUCUUCUGGUACUGUGAUGUUUCUUCUGAUAAGCCGAUAUUGUCCAAGCCCAGUAUAUGCCCAAAAAAACCUCUGUCCUGUAGGGUUUAGGUAAUUCGGAACUGGGUUUUAUAGUGGAAACAGGUUAGAUUAAUAAAAGCACUUUACUGAAGUGAAAGACUGAUGAUUUUUUCUUAGAAACAUUUUUGCUAUAAUCGGUUUUGUGUGUGAAAUCUGCUGUAGUUAGAUUUCAGUCUUCCUGUGGUUUUAAUGUGUUUUCUGCGUUUACAGUUAGACUGUAGAGCAGCUCACUUUACUUAUUUUAUUGAUGUUUUUGCAUUUUAUAUAUUAAAGUAUUUUAUAUAUUGAGAAUAUCUAGAAUUUAAACAUUAUUGUUUGUAGUAAUUUUAACUGAUAUCACAUGACAGUAGGUUUAUAGAAACUAAUUAAUAUUUAUAUAUUUUGAUUUAUAAGAAUAUAUUUGCUAAUAGAAAGAGCUGCAUGAGUUGCUACGUGAUGUUUUUGCAGAUACAGUACAGUGAGUACACUGUAAAUGAUACACUGGAAAUUUUUUACCACAGGGUUUCCAGCAUGUUCACAUGUUUAAAAAUCUCACGAUUUCUGAAAGUGGGAUUCAUUUACAGAUAUUCACGAUGAGUUCAUAAUGAAGAGACUGAUUUUUUGCAGAUGUUUAGGGCUGUGAUUCUGCAUUGUGGUGAUUUUAGAGAGAGGGAUUUGUUCUGCAUGCUGAAGGAAAUUUUCACUAAUUGCAAAAAAAUAGCAAUAAACCUUCCUGCAUUUUUCCAAUUUCAUGUGAAAACACAUCUAUACCUGGACCUAUGUAUAUUUCUGUAAAUGAAAAGUUAUUCUGUACUAUUUACUUGUAAUUUAUUUAUGAUAUUUCAGAAUUUCACAGAGAAUAUUUACCACUGAAUAAAGUACGACAAAUAAAACAAACAAUUCCAUAAAA